CUCAGAGGUGCAGCAGUUAGAGCAAACGCAGGGGCUCAAACAGCUUCUCUGGAGGAAACCAGACAGCUCAUCAAGUCCUUAAAUCAGAGACAAGUGGUAAAUAAAGCUAAUAUCUACAACUGUCUGUAACCAUCCAUCACUCUGAUGACUGCUGAGACUCAGGAACACUGGGAGGAGAAGGCCUGGACUAGAAGUGGUCUCUCACCCCAAGGCCCCUGAAGCCAAGGGCACCAAGAACCGUCCCCUUCAUGUAUCCUCCCUUUUAUGACCACUGUUCUCUUCACCGCUGCUGGAGGUUGAUAACUAUAACCACCAAUCUCUGAGAAGCAGUGUGGGCACAUGGAGAAAAAGCUUCCAACUUGGCAAAACUAAACAACAUUUAUGGGCAAUAUUUCUGUCUCUUUAAAAAAAAAGGGGGGGGGGGGGUUUUCCCUAGCCCCACCCAAUUUGCUUCCUGGCUCCGAGGUUUCAGAGGUGCAGCAGUUAAAGCAAAAACAGAGGGUCAAACAGAUCUCUGGAAGAAACCGGACAGCUCAUCAAAUCCUUCAAAAGCAGGUGGUGUGGGUGCCUGCGCGCCAGAGUCUCUUGAUAUAAACAUGGCUGCCACGCCAAACAACGCUCUGAGGAUCGUGCUGGUCGGGAAGACGGGAAGUGGGAAAAGUGCAACUGCAAACGCCAUCCUCGGGGAAGAAGUAUUCAGGUCUGAGAUUGCUGCCCAAGCUGUUACCAAAACUUGUCAGAAAGCAUGCCGGGAAUGGAAGGGGAGAGAGCUUCUCGUUGUUGACACUCCAGGGCUCUUUGACACCAAGAAGACCCAGGACAAAACCUGCAAGGAAAUCAGCCGAUGUGUCCUCGCCUCCUGUCCUGGGCCUCACGCCAUCGUCUUGGUCCUGAGGCUGGGCCGCUACACACAGGAAGAGCAGAAAACCGUGGCGUUGGUCAAGACUCUGUUUGGGAAAGCAGCCAUGAAGUAUAUGAUCAUCUUAUUCACUCGCAGAGAUGAACUGGGGGACCAGAGCCUGAGCGACUUUUUGAAGCAUGCAGAUGUAAACCUACGAAGCCUCCUCCAGGAGUGUGGAGACCGCCGCUAUGCCAUCAGUAACAGCAGAAACACAGAGCAGGCUGAGAAGGAAGCUCAGGUGCAGGAGCUGCUGGAGCUGAUAGACAAGAUGGUGCAGGACAACCGAGGGGCUUACUUUUCUGACCCCAUUUACAAGGACAUAAACCAAAAGCUGAGACAGCAGGAGGAAUGCUUGAAGAAAGUCUAUGAGGAUGAAUUACAAAACCAAAUGAAACUAAUAGAAAAGGAAUAUGCCAAUGAACCACAAGAAGAAAAGGAUAAACAAAUAAAGUUGCUACUGCAGAAGCAUGAAGAACGAAAGAAAAAUAUAAGGGAAGAAGCUGAGAUGAAUAUAUUUCAGGUUGUAUUCAACAUGAUUAAAAAUAUGCUUUCAAGAAUAUGGCACAUGUUCUGGUAGUAUAGUUUUUUACUCCUCAAGAAUAUGGCACAUGUUCUGGUAGUAUAGUUUUUUACUCCUCAGUUUACUAUAACUUGUUAAUGUGGUAGUGUUUAUUUUCCAAAGAUGGUUAAAACCCUAUCUUCUAACUUCUUAUAACCUGAUUUCUCUUAUGAUCUCUCUCCCUUGAGCUAAGGGCCUAUGUCCCCUACCUUGAAAUUGGAGGGACUUUGUGACUGCUUUGAGAAAUAGUGGGUGGUUGAAGCAACACCAUACGACUUCUAAGAUAAGAUAGGGAAAAUGCCUCCUUGCUCUUCCACAUUGGUUACCCUUGGAAUUUGCCCACCCUGUUGUGAGGAAGCCUGAGUAGAAGCCCAAGUCGCCCGCAUGAAGAGAACCUGAAGUCACUGAUCCACUCCCCUGGCUGAGAUUUCAUCUGCCAUCCAGAAUCAGCUUGCCAGCCUUGCAAGUGAGGCAAGACAGAGUGGAUUCUCCAGUUGCCAACUGAUGAAACUGCAAAGAGCAAAGAAGAGCCAUCCCCAUGGGGUCCUGCCUAAAUUGCAGAUUCCUGAAAAAAAUAAAUGGUUGCUGUUGUUUUAAACACUA